CUUCUUCUUCUUUUGUGUGUGUUGUGUUCUAUACAUAUAUUAUUCCAAUGGGAAAAUGUUGUAUCUCGAUAUGGACAAUCUGCAUAGUGAUAAUCUUAACCCCCGUCAUAGUAAUACUUUCGCUAAGCUUCGUUACACACAAGCCCAGAUUAUACAUACAGGAUAUGUACGUGCCUGCCCUAAAAACCACCACCGGUUCAUCCAACGCCACCAGGCUCAACACCUUCAUUUUCAUCGACCUCAAGCUUCAGAACGUGAUGCCCUUUAACGGGAUCCGUUACGGCGAUCUCAAUCUAACCUUCUUCUACGCCUCGAACGCGAGUCUGCCGGCGGUGGGUAACUACACGGCCGCCGGGUUCUAUCAGGGACUGAAGAAGACGGCCCACCGUAGGGUGGUGGUCCGGACCAGCGGGCUGCCGUGGGACGAUGCGUUCGUGAAGAUCUCCGGUGGGUCGGUGGUGGAUAUUCGGGUGGAGUUGGCGACCACGGUUAAGCUCAGGCGGUGCGGUAGGUAUUUGGAGAGGGAGGCCAUGGUGGUGAAGGCUAACGUGCGCCUGGAUGGGUCCGGUGAGGAAGUCAACAAGAAGACCGUUAGGCUCGUUGGUUAAUUUUCUGAUAAUUAUAUACGAAUUGAUUAACUCAAUUUAUUGUUAUUUUUUUAAUUAUUUGUUUUGUGAUUUUAGUUUUGUUUUAGGAUAUUUGGCAUUGCUGUAAUUAAUUCCGACCCUGUCUUUUUAA